AAAAUGGUGAACUGUGACCUAUGACGUCAUAUUUAUGUGGAAACAGAAAUGGAAACAGAAAGUUACAGACACAGUACUCGGUAAGCGAAGACAGUUUGUGAUUCAGAAUGUACCCAUCCUCCUGUGACACCUUUGUGGCUCUGCCCCCCUCCACUGAGAGGCAAUGCAUCAUCUUUGGGAAAAACUCUGACAGGCCUUGUGAUGAAGUCCAGGAGGUGGUGUAUUUCUCCAGAGACUACGAUGCAGGGGAGAGGGUUGAGUGUACAUACAUAGAGAUUGAGCAGGUUGCCCACACGUAUGCAGUUGUGUUGAGCAAACCAGCAUGGCUGUGGGGCGCAGAAAUGGGUGCAAAUGAGCAUCAAGUUUGUAUUGGAAAUGAAGCAGUUUGGGGCAGAGAGAGUGCAGAUGGCAACGAAGCUCUUCUUGGCAUGGAUCUUGUCAGGAUUGGACUUGAGAGAGCCAAUGCAGCUGAGGAAGCUGUGGAUGUUAUUACUGAGUUGCUGGAGAAAUAUGGCCAGGGAGGAUCUUGCAUGGAGGAUGAGAGUAACUUUACCUACCACAACAGCUUCCUUAUUUCAGACAGGAAAGAGGCGUGGCUGCUGGAAACGUCAGGGAAGCACUGGGCAGCAGAGAGAGUGAAAGGUGGAUAUCGCAACAUCUCAAACCAGUAUAGCAUAACGACUAAGAUAGACAAGGAACAUCCAGCACUGAGGGAAUAUGCACAAAGCCAGGGCUGGUGGGAUGGAGAGACUCGGUUCAACUUUUCCACCGUCUACUCCUUCAUGACUACGGCCAGAAUAGAAGCCUCUGGGAGCCGAUACUGUGAGGGGAAGAAGUUGCUGAAAAAGAGCAACGGUCACAUCACCGCUGAGACGAUGAUGGAUAUCCUGAGGGAUAAAGACAGUGGCAUCAACAUGGAGGGCACGUUCUUGACGACAGGAAGCAUGGUGUCUGUGAUACCCACGAAUCAGGCUCUGCCAGGGGUUCACUAUUUCACAGCAACUCCAGACCCUGAAAGGUCUGUGUUCAAACCUUUCAUCUUUGUGAAGAACGUUAAUGAGCUGAAGGAGACGUCUUCUCCCAGUUACGGUGCAGAUGACCCUGUAAAGAAGAAACCUCGCUUCCAGAGCAAGCCUGAUCGCAAACACCUGUUGUUUGUCAAACAUGAACUGGUGGCUGCCGCCCUUCAAUCCUCCAAGGACAAAGGAAAGAAGAUCACAGAAAGUAUGAGGAAGCUGGAGAAGGACAAGAUGACUGAGAUGGAGAAGAUUCUUUCAAAUGGUAUUGAGGAACCAGAUUUGUUGGCGGAUCUGUUCACACGCUCUGUUCGGGAGGAGAUGGCCGUGUAUGGCAAAAGCUGAAACCACAAAAUAUGUAUCCAGGGUGAAAGUAGCAUUUUAACUUUUGAUCAAGUAUAAGAACAAACAUGCUCAUAUAAUAAAUACUAAAAAGACAA